UCGAUCGUGUCAUCGCAGCCAGUGAAAGCCAAAGACGACCUCAAGUAGUUGAUCUUACUAUACGAGGCAGAACAGAGAGAGAUCAGAGAUCAUGGAAGGCCUUUGCCAGCUCCCUUCCGCUUCGAGGAGCCUGAUAAGCUCUCGCCGGAGCUCGGCCGCUGUGAGGAUCAGCAAUGGCGGCGCAAGCUUCGGCCAGGGGAGCCAGACGUUUGCCAUUCAAUCGCAGAGCAAGAGGCGUGCCAGGAAUAUCUCUCUCAGAGCAACGCAAUCUCCACAAGUCGAGCUGCUGAAAAAGGGUUCCGAUCGGCUGCCGGCCAUUCCGGCGGAGACGGAUGAGGCGAAGAACGAGAGGUGGGAGACGCUGGUGAAGGAAAUCAAACAGAUCUUCCGGUUGAUGGACGACGGAGAGACGAACGCCUCGGCUUACGACACCGCGUGGGUGGCGAGGAUUCCGUCGACAGAGGACUCGAGCAAGCCCCAUUUCCCGCAGACUAUCGAUUGGAUUCUCAAGAACCAGUUGGAAGACGGCUCCUGGGGCGAGCCCACGUACUACCUCGUCUUCGAUCGCUUGGUCUGCACUCUGGCGUGCGUUCUUGCACUGAAAACUUGGAAUAUAGCAGAAGACCAAAUCGAGAAAGGUCUAAAUUACCUGAAGAACCAUGUGGAUGAAAUAGAGACGGCGAGCGAGAGCCUGAUAACAAGCGGGUUCGAGAUUGCGUUCCCUUCCAUGUUGAACGAAGCCAAGAAUAUGGGGAUUGAUCUUCCUUAUGAUCGUCCGUCCAUUCAAAAAAUCAUCAAAUUUAGGGAAAAGAAGAUGGGCAGAAUCCCAGUGAAAGUGAUGCAUUCAGUGCACACGACGCUGUUAUACACGCUAGAAGCCUUGCAGGAGGUCGUGCAAUGGGACGAGAUUCUCAAGCUUCAAUCCGCAGACGGGAGCUUCCUCAGCUCGGCUUCUUCCACCGCCGCUGUCUACAUGAACACCGGCGACAAGAAAUGCCUUGAGUUCUUGCAAUCUGUACUAAACAGAUUUGGAGAUAACUUGCCCUGCCAGUACCCGAUCGACCUCUUCGAGCGCAUCUGGGCGAUCGAUACGAUCGCAAGGCUUGGAAUCGACCAUCUCUUCAAGAAGGAGAUCAUCGACACUCUUGAUUAUGUUUACAAAUAUUCUGGGAAACAAGGCGUUUCUUGGGGCAGAGACAACACAGUUCCUGACGUUGACGAUACGUGCAUGGCCCUCCGUUUGAUGAGGCUGUAUGGUUACCCUGUCUCCUCAGAUAUGAUCGAGUUUUUCAGAGACGACGAUGGCAAUUUCAUAUGCUUCCCCGGCCAAACGCACCGUGGAGUCUCGGACAUGUUCAACUUGUAUCGCUUCUCCCAAGUCGCCUUCCCCGGCGAGAAGAUACUGAAAGAAGCCAAUGCCUUUGUGGAGUCCUACUUGAAGGACUGCGUGAAGAACAACAAAGUGGACGACAAGUGGUCCUGCAAGAAGGCACUGGGCAAGGAGGUUGCUCGUGGCUUGGAGUACCCAUGGAGGAGGAGCUUCCCCAGGCUCGAUGCCAGGGAAUACCUUGACCACUACGGAGACAACGAUGUCUGGCUCGCCAAGACCAUUUACUUGAUAUACAACGUGACGAAUCCAAAAUACCUAGAACUCGCGAAGUUGGAGUUCAACAGGCUGCAAGCAAUAUACGAAAAGGAGAUCGGCUCCAUUGUAGAAUGGUGGAAUAGCUGUGGACUGGAAGCCACCUCUCUGUCUCCGGAGCAGCUUCACUUUGCCAUUGCUUCUACUCUGCCUGAGCCGGAGUUUGCAAGGAGCAGAAUUGCCUACACCAAAUCGAACUCCAUCGAAAACGUUCUCGUAGAUCUGUUUUACAAACAUGAAUCCACUGAGGACUUGAAGAAUCUGUGCCGAGCAGUCGAAGAGUGGAAUCCCUCGCUGGCUCUUUCACUUCCAUCUCAGUUGAAAACAACAUUCAAUGUUUUGUACGAGACUCUGAAUGAAUUAGCAGGGGAAGCCAGUAAAGUCCAAGGGAAGGAUGUGUUCCCCUACUUCCAUGAACUCAGGAAGAAGCAAAUGGAGAUGUACAUGAAACUCAGGGAGACUAAAUUGGGAGGACAAAGCGGGGAGUACUCAUUGAAGGACUACAUCGAGCAUGGUAAAACCGAACUGGGCGUCGCCGUCAGAUUGCUACCUUCCGUGUUUCUGAUGGGAGAGCGUCUCAGGGAUCUGGAUCUGCUUUGCUUGAACGAGAAAUCCAGGAUCCAGGAGAUGCUCUCGGUGUUCUUGAGACUCUACGUCGAUCUCCAAAUGCACAAGAACUCGCUGGCGCAGGGUGGGAUGAACGCGGUGGCGGUGAGCAUGGAGGUGGGGAAGCGGAGGGAGGAGGAAGCGUUGGGCGACGUGGAGGCGCAGAUGGAGGAGGCGUUCGACGAGUUGGUGCACGAGAGCCUGAAGCCGAGCUUGGUGCCUCGCAGUUGCCGGAGACUGAUGUUCGAGCACGCCCGGAUCACGCAGUUCUUCCUGCACGACGACUUCACCUCGCCGGCGCACCGGCAGAAGAUUGCGGACGCCAUGGAGCGGUUCCGCACGCCCGUUCCGAUCGACAGUACGGCGUGAAACGGAGAAAUAAUUUUAAUUUAAUUUAAUUUAAUUUAAUUGAUUUUGUUUUUUUUUUGAAAAAAAAAAUGUAGAAAUAAGAUAAAUGGGCCAUGAGAUGGGCCGAGUUUCAAAUCGAACGUAUCAUAAAACACGUGUAUCAUAUCAUAAUAUAAUAUUACGGAUCUUUCUUUA